CCUCCCAGGCGUGGGCGGUGCGGGGCCGGCCUGGUGGCAGGGCGGGGACCCGGGGAUCGCUGGGUGCCGCCCCCGCCCCCGCCCGGACUGACCCCGCCCCCGGCCGCUGGCUAUUUUGGGCGCGUUGGCCGCGACUGCGGGAUCACUGUCCGGCUCCGGUGACAGCUCCUUGCGGCCCAGCACUUGUUGCUCCCUGGACCUACAGGCACCGGCGCGCCCCCGCCCACCCGAGCCCACCUGGCUCCCGGCUCGUUGCCUGUCCCCUCCGGGCUUCUUUUCAUGCAAUCACUCGGGACACCGACCUCCGAGGCACCGCUGUCCCGGGCUUGAGAAAUUGAUUAUUAUAUAUAUUUAAAACGAAAAAAGAGAGAGAAAGAGAGAAAGAGAGAAACCAACCAACCGGUCGCCGAGAGCAGCCAGGAGCGCAGAGCGCUGGCCCGGGCGCCGCAGAGGUGGCGCCUCCACGGCAGGGCACCGGGGCCCCGGGCGCCGACGGCGUGAUGGACGCGGCGGCGACUAACGGGGAGGACAGGGACCCCGAGAUCGAACUCUUCGUCAAGGCUGGAACCGAUGGAGAAAGCAUUGGCAACUGUCCUUUCUCUCAGCGUCUCUUUAUGAUCCUCUGGCUGAAAGGAGUCGUGUUCAAUGUCACCACUGUGGAUCUAAAAAGAAAGCCAGCUGACCUGCACAACCUGGCCCCUGGCACCCAUCCGCCCUUCCUGACCUUCAAUGGGGAUCUGAAGACGGAUGUCAACAAGAUCGAGGAGUUCUUGGAAGAGACUUUGACCCCUGAAAAGUACCCUAGACUAGCGGCAAAGCACCGAGAAUCCAACACAGCUGGCAUCGACAUUUUCUCCAAAUUCUCUGCCUACAUCAAAAACACCAAGCAGCAAAACAACACUGCCCUUGAGAAAGGCCUGACCAAGGUGCUGCAGAAACUAAAUGACUACCUGAACACCCCUCUGCCAGAGGAGAUUGAUGCCAACAUUUGUGGAGAUGAAGACAAGUGGUCCCAACGCAAGUUUCUGGAUGGAGAUGAGUUGACCCUGGCUGACUGUAAUCUGUUGCCCAAACUCCAUGUGGUCAAGAUCGUGGCCAAGAAAUACCGCAACUAUGACUUCCCAGCUGAGAUGACAGGCCUGUGGAGAUAUCUCAAGAAUGCCUAUGCUCGAGCUGAGUUCAUCAACACCUGUGCCGCGGACCACGAGAUUGAGUUGGCCUAUGCGGAUGUCGCCAAGCGUCUCAGCCGAUCCUGAGCAAAGCCAUCUUGCCCCCUUGCUGCUGCAGAACUCAGCUUUUCCCAAAGGACUCUGGCUUCACCGGCUCCUCUUCUGCGCAUUGCCUCAAGAAACAUUCUUUGUUCAUUUGUUUGUUUGACUUAUCCAAAUCCAACAACCUCUUGCUGGCUCCAUCAGAACUCCAGCCUGCUGCCUUGUACCAACAUCAGCCACUUCCAGCCUGAUUACACAAGAAUCUGCAAGCAGAAAUUUUAAGGACCAGACAAGCUCUCAAUUUUCAGGUCCAGUCUGGGCUCAGUGUCUUUGAGGUGAUUCUCCUGGAGAAUUAACCUAUGGAAUUGUCACCGCCCUUUCCCGCCAAUAUCAAAAUAUCUCCUUAGGUGCAUUAGAAACACCCACACACUGUCCUCUUACCCCCUCUUCUUUGCCACUCUUUGCCAUGGAUAAGCGCCAUCAUAGUUCUUAUUAGAAAGAGACCCACUUCUUUAUAAGGAGAGAGAGAGAGAGUAUGAAUGGAGAAGGAUAGAACAGUUUGUGACUUUGGGCAUCUGGUAAACACAACUUAGGUCACUGGCUGCUACUCUCUGACACUCCUAUCCUGGCAUCAGUACAGAGAUGCUGAUGACCAAUAUUGAAGACCACUUUAGAUACAGUCUCCAUUCACUGCAGCAUUUUGAAUGUUGAGGUACUCUCUGGCUCCUGGUCAGUGCUGACCUCGUUUUUUGUGCCACUCAGGCAUGCUGUGUAAAAAGGGAAAUUUCAAUUUUAGAUUGGGUGACAUGGAGAAAGGGAGGAGAAAGGGGGAGCAAUGUUGAUGCCAAAAGGCCCACAAGGGUCUACCAGCCAUGGGACUUGCUUGCUUAGAACCAGUUGUUUCAUGGGAGAUUACUUGUCUUGGUCUUACUAUGUUUAGCCAUGAGUGAAUUUGGGGUUUGUGAGAAAGCUGAUGGGAGUGGGGACAGAGGGAUGCAGGGAGGAGAGGGUGGAGAUAAAGGAGUUCUUUAUGAGGGUUAAAGUUCCCUGGGAAGUCUUUACAACAGCUCUUUCAUGAUCCAACUAAGUCUUGGCCUGGUAAUUUUAUUUAACAACCAACCUGAUACGAAAACUCUCAGAAUGGCCAAACAUGACUUUCUAAUCUUCUAGUUAUUCCAUUUCCAGACACAGAUUUCCUCUUUGGGUGUUCUGUGAGGUUCAGUUGCAACUUUUGAUGGGUAAGACUACUCUGAGGGGGAGGUGCCAUUAUGAGUUACCUUAGGAAGAAAGUCUGUAGGCCUUUCUGACUGGGAAACCAUGUGGUUUGAACUCAAAGAAAGUAAGUACGUACCCAUUUGAGUUGAUUUUUCUCUCAUCUGACUCAACUGCCAUUUCAUAAAAAGGCGAAAAAAAUUUAGCUAACACUUCUUGGUAGUUCUCUUUAAAUUUCACCUUCUUGAAAGGUUACCUGACUAUGAGCAGAGGGAGCUUUGCAAGGGAAACUAAGAAUAAUGAGCUAAUCAUCAACUCCCUCUCCGAUUGAUGCCCCGAGAGAAAAGUUACUUUCUACGCAUGCUCCCCUUCAACAAUCAGCCCUUCUGUGUUACUGGCUGGUCUGGAGUGAGGCCCCCAAGUGCCAGAAAGCCCCAGAACUUGUCUCAUUUCUCAACGAGGGCUACAUAGGUUCUUUCCAGAGAAACAUCAGUGGAUUCUAACACAAAGUCUAACCUUGAACUACCUGCCUCUAGGGAUCUCUGAAGGAAAAAGGGGAGCUGUUGACUGGAACAGAGUGGAGGAAGCAGGAACACUCCCUAAGCCCAGUGGGGAAGAGGAAACAUCUUGGGAGGACGUUUUAUAAGCCACUGCUUUGAAAGGCAGAAUGAGUUGAUUCAUUUCCACCUCUCCAGAAGCCUUUCCACAGGCUGCCUGGAAACUUGUCCCCAGAGAUGUUUAUAAAGGAGAAGGGGGCUAGGAACCAGUCCUUUAUACUGCGGUGAAAUGCCCCGCGCCGUCUCCAGGGAGAUGAAAGCUUGAAUGAUCCCAAAGGCCUUUUAAUUUGGGUGAAACAUUGUAUAAAGGAAUCAUGAACUUAGCAGCACAGGUAAAAAUGCCCCACAAGCAAGAGGCCAUUUCCUUUCCUGAGAGACAAGGGCACUGGGCACUAUUCUAGAAGCAGGCCUGUGAAGUGCUACCCCACGAGAAGGCAAAAACAAUAUUUUAAAUGUGGGUGGGUGGGUGUGACUCCAACCCCAGGACUCUGAUAGGAGUGACCAUAUUUUGAAAUUCGGAAUCAGCAAUUGGAGAACCCUUAAACAGUCUUUAAAUACAAGCAACCAAACCAAAGCAAUAUUGUUUCUGGUUAGUUGAGUCUGUUUUACCUAAAUCUUAAUAUUAAAGCAUUGAGGGUGGGACUGUUAUAAAUUGUAACCACUUAAAAAGAAGGGGAGGAAUCAUGGAUGAAAGGCUCUUCUGGGCACUCCAGGAUCUUUUGAUUUUAGCAGGAGAUAGUGCAAUUCACAAUUGGCUUUGGAACUUUAAUAUCUUCUCACCAGAUUUAUCAGUGUGUUUUUAAAUAAUAAUAACAUUUCCCUCUGAUUAUUUUUUUCAAGAGAUCUCUCCAGAUCUGUCAGCUUCCUUUUACUUUGACCUCUCCCAUACUCAACACAAUACCUUACAUGACAGUAUGAUGACAUCUGUUGGUCUUCCAAGAACCAAGUCAGAGACUGAGAAGACCUCUUAAUUCCCGCCUUCGACUUUCACCUCCCAGCACUUGUUUUUUGGAGAGGGGGUGGGGAGUGUAGGGGAGCACAGUGUGAAGCAAAGGCAAAAACAAGAAUCAAAUCAGAAUGAUGAUACCCAUGUCAGUGUGGCCUGCCUUUCAGAUUAGCCACAGAUAGAGCUGCCUCACACCUAACUCUUGAACCAAACACUAAGAACUACUCCGAACACUUACUCAGCUACACAAUCUCAGAUGAGUUUCAGGUUUCCAGGAAAUGACUGUCCUUAGCCUUCCCAUCCAGUGUUGCUGGGGUCAUUGGGGAGCUACAACUUUUCAUUAAAAAAUGCUACUCCAGGAGAGACAAUUCCUGAGUCACAUUUUUUUUAAGCAUUUGUCAGACGAAACAACAGAAAUUUCAUGAGCAACAGUGCCACUGACCCCCUCCGCGGACAGACUGUAUCAACUAUCUUCAAGUUGUUGCAGCAUGGACUAAGUCUGAAGGAGACCCUGAAGAACUUCACCUCCCCAGAAUCAGCAAGAACCAAAGAAACAGAAUUAAAGGGGAAACUGCAGCGAGAGCCCUGGAAGAGGCGGUUCCUUCUCCCUCCAGAGAAAUUUUCCAUCAGAAGAAAAUAGAGUUUGUAUCUAAACUGAAAUUUGCCUUGAGGCAGCAGCUUUCCAGUUGCUCUUCUGUGCCUCACCCCCACUCACCUCUACUCACCCGUCCUUAGCCCUGUUUACCUCUAUUUACCCUUACUUACCCCCUACUCACUUCUGCUCACUGCUACUCACCCCUGUGCACCAUGCUCACUGUCCAACAGCCAUUUCAUUAGUAAAACGAAUCAAGAUGCUCAAGUUUCUCCACCUGUCAGUAAGUUCACUGAGUCCCAAAGGAUGUCUUUCUAAUUUGGGGAGUAUGACAUUCAAACAAAUCUGAAGCACUAAGGUAAAAAGUGACAUGAAGAGAAAAAGUGUGCUCAUACCAAUUCCUCAUUGCGCUCAGAGCCUCCAGACUUCUCCCCACUUCUCUCCAGCUUUCAGAUCACACUCCUCAUGCAUCACACUCCUCUCCCCUCAUCAAGGCUCUUUUUCCCAGUGUAGUUUCAGGAUACAUUGAAGAAUGAGAGUAUAAUCCAAAAUGUACAUAACUUUAUUUAAUGUUCCUUAAUAAAAUUGAAUGUGACACUCCUCUCCCCAACCCCAAAAUAAGGUAAAAUGUUGCCUUGGGCUAAUCUAUGUGACUAUUAAAACAACCUUUUUUGGGG